CAAAUACAAGUAAAGAAUUAUACUUGAUGGUGAGAGGGUACAAAGUUGUACAAGACACAAUCCUUGAGGGACUUAUAAAGAACAUCAAAGACAGAUAAAACAAAACAAAUGCUCCAUCUCUCGUCAACGUAAAGAAUUCAUAUGCGAGAUGUUUGAUAAGGUCACCAUGAAGGAGACAAGCCCUAAGACAUUUGAAAGAUUUGAGCAGCAUUUGUAAGAUCUUCAAUUCUAAAUAAAGAAAUUUGAAAUACAACCGGUUUAAACAUGGAUAGGUACUUGUCUGUGGUUCCAAAUGUCAUAGAUAUUAUUAUUAUUGCUGCUGUUGUUUUUUGUUAUUAGUAGUAUUAUCAUUAUUCUUAUUAUGAGAGAAUGAGAAGAGAGUGUUGCCAAAAAAAAAAAAAGAGGAGAUUUAGAAAAAUAUAGGUACCACAGAACAGUCAAGGGGAAAGCUGGUCAAUAUGACCAUUGGUGAGUAAAUCAAACAAAAGAUAGAAGAAAUAAGCAAUUAUUCUAGGGUGAGGAUAGGGUGGCAACAACCAACAAUGUGAUUGGUCAUGUACAUGUGAAUGAUGAAUGUUCAGAGAUUUUGUUAAAAAUCUUACAGAAAAAAGAGAAGAAAGGCAAAAUCAGUAAUUUAAGAUGAAAGAACAAAAAGAUAAAUUAGUAUCGUAAGGUAACAUACCACAUUUUUGUUGACAUUUUCUUUUCUGCAAAUGGAACAAAAGAAAGUUGGAAAAGUUAAAAAACUGAAAAUAUUAAUGAAGCAAUACUAGGGGAAGUCUCAAAGGACUCUGAGAGGUACUGGAAGCAGGAACACUGCCAAUGGGAGGAACAUAUCUCUUUACAAGACAGGCAAGUGACUAGAAAAAUAAUCUGAAGAGUAAGAAUUUAAGAGAAAAUGAGAAGCAGAUUCAGUGUGGCAUAAAGGUAUGAGGUAAGGAGGUUUUGAUCAGCUUAAGGUAUAGCAGUAAGUAAAAUUUCAGGUGAUUUCAAUAUUGUGUGUCAUAGUGGUAGUGGUAGAUGAUAAUUUUGACAUUAUUAUGCAUGCAGUACUACUUCUAGAAAGGAGAUUAUUUUCCCCGGUUUUGUCUAUAGCCUCAAAAUGAGAACUGAAGACUGGGAAAACAUCUAAAACAUUUUGUUUCAAUUAUUCAACAUUACAUUAUCUCCAAAGUUCCUUUAAAAAGUCAGCUAUGUCAAUAUACUCUAUGUCUAUAGUAAAACAAAAAACAAACAAAGAAAACAGAUGCCAUCCCGUCGACUCUGGCUUGUGGUGAUCCCAUGUGUGUUAGAGUAGAACUGUGCUCCACAGGGUUUUCAAUGGCUGAUUUUUUCAAAAGCAGAUCACCAGAUCUUUCUCUGAGGCACCUCUGGGAGGAUUCAAACAUACAACUUUUUAGUUAGGAACAAAGAAGUUAAUCAUUUGUACCACCCAUGAGAAAAUUACAUAUUCCCAUGGAAAUAUAUAAAAAAAAGUGUGUUGUUUAUGAGAAAAUGGUUGUGAUCUUCACUUUACUCCUACAAUAGGAAUAGGAAUGUUAUGGGGGCUACUAAAGCACUACAUAAUUUAUCUUCCAAAAUAUUAGGGACAUCAAUAGCAAUUAGAAUUAGGAAAAGGGCAAGAGAAAGACAAUUGAAAGCCAUCUUCUCAUAAUGUAAUUUUUCAAAUAUUCAGGGCUUUUCUUACUGCCUCCUAGGUGUGAACUGCUUCACAUAGAGAUGCUCAAUUCCUCCAUGAUGAUGGAAUAUCUCCUGGUGGGGUUUUCUGAUAUAUGGGAACUACGGGUUUUGCAUGCCUUAUCCUUCUCUCUGAUAUAUUUAGUGACUCUCACUGGGAACAUUCUCAUUGUUAUUGUCACCACCGUGAAUAAAAGCCUCCACUCUCCCAUGUACUUCUUCCUCAGGAAUCUCUCCUUCUUGGAUGCAUGCUACAUUUCUGUAACGGUCCCUAAUUCAUGUGUCAACUCCUUGCUUGACAGCAGUGUGAUUUCAAAGGCAGGGUGUGUAACUCAAGUUUUCCUAGUGGUUUUUUUUGCAUAUGUGGAGAUGCUGUUCCUCACCUUCAUGGCCCAUGACCGCUAUGUGGCCAUCUGCCAGCCUCUCCACUACCCUGUGAUCAUGAACCCUCAGGUCUGUGUCCACAUGACGCUGGCCUCCAUCCUCAGUGGUCUGGUCUACUCAGGAUUCCACACAGGCAUCACUUUCAGGCUGCCAUUUUGUCAGUCCAAUGUUAUUCAUCAGUUUUUCUGUGACAUUCCCUCUCUGCUGAAGCUCUCCUGCUCUGACACCUUCAGCAAUGAGGUGAUCAUUCUUGCCUCUGGUCUGGUGAUUGGUGGAGGCUAUUUCACCUUCAUCAUCAGGUCUUACAUUCACAUAUUUUCUACCGUGCUCAAAUUUCCAAUUGGAGCAGGCAGAGCAAAGGCCUUUUCUACCUGCAUUCCUCAUAUCCUCGUGGUGUUGGUUUUCCUCGUCUCAAGCUUCUCUCUGUAUCUAAGACCAUCUGCAAUCUCUGCAACCAACCAGGAUAUGGUCCUUUCUGUGUUCUAUUCCAUAAUUCCUCCCUUAUUCAAUCCAGUUAUCUACAGUCUUAGAAAUGAACAAAUAAAACAUGCCAUCAGGAAAAUCAUGAAAAAAAUAUUUUAAUAGAAAAUUU